UCAGGUCUGAGGAUAAGAUCAGUAGGAAUUGUCAAGUGGUUCAAGGCUUGAGGCAUCCGGAAUUUGAGACCAAAGCAGUCUUGUUUCUCUGCAGCAGCCGACGCUGCUGAUGCCCGAGCCCCACCAAAUCCACCAACCCCCGCCCCCGCCCCCGCCUCCAACCGAUCCAAACCCCGUUGCCUCCACGGCUGCAAAUGCCCGGCGCAAUCCGGUACCAUUUCUUACCAUUCUCCGUGUGGAAGGAACGAGAGAAGUUCUUCCUCUGAUUUCUUGCUUGUCUUCUUCCUUUGUUGAGGCCCCGCUGCCGCUGCCGUUGCCUUUGCCGGAGAUCGCGGUGCCGCCGGUGCAGCCGAAGAUGAUCAUAAAGGGGAUGCUGGGCCGGUACGAGCGGUGGAACCCCGUGCACCCGACGGCGGGCGCCUUCUGGGGCGUCGGGCUGGGGUUCGGCUGCGGCGUCGGGUGGGGCCCGGGGUUUGGGCCCGAGGUCAUCGGCUACGUCGGCGCCGGAUGCGGCGUCGGCUUCAGCGUCGGCAUCACGCUCGCCGGUGUCGGCGUCGGGCUGCCACAGCACGGCAUCAUCAGGAACCACUACCACGGUGGAGGUUUUGCAAGCAAUGUCCCAUUCGAAUCAGCAAGGUUUUACCUCUUGACCAUGCUAAAAGGUAUGGUAUGGGAUGCCAUCAGUUAUGCGAGCAACGUCGCAGCUAUGAGGAAAGAAUCUCGACAGAAGCUUUUAAGAUGUCAGGAGAACCCUCAAGUUUCAGGAGGAGUUGAUCUGCCCAAGCUGGGGAAAGGAAUGUCCAGCAGCUUCCGAUCAACGAUGGAGUGUAUCAAGGCCUUCACAAAUCAGCAUUGGCCUCCAUAGGCAGCACCCAAGUAAACUGAAGAUUGAUAAACCGAGCUUUGUGUGCAAACCACCCACCCGGGAUCAAAGCCUGGGUAGUGGUACCCCUUUCACUGAGUGACAAUCGGGUAGUCGGAUGCAGGUGGCUCGUAUGGCGUCCACCACAGGGUUGACGUCCCUUUUAAUGAAGAAUUAAGGACUUGUACUUUAUGAAUAAGAACCCCCAUAGCACAUAUUUCUUCAUCAUAUGUUUGUGGCAUGAGCAAGUUUAAAUUUUUAUGGUUAUAAGGGGAAACAAUUCCAGCUGAAGAACAUGCUAGCCUGUAAUCUAGCUAGUGAUGAAUCGAUGUGUAACUAUAACAAUGAUGUUCAUCCAUGCACUUCGCAGAAUCUUGUAUUGUGAAAUGAAACUCCAUUCAAAUUA